AUGAAUAACUCCGAGGACAGCGGAAGCAAAUGCUCAUCCGCGCCGAUUUCUAACUUCACCAUCCAGUCGAUACUGGGCACACCGACUGAGGGAGCACGAUCAACGGGAAAGGACAGCUCUAAAGCCCCGCCGAGGAAGCGGACUUUGUCAGUGUCAUCGGAGGAGGAGUGCAGCGGUGGAGAGGAUUCGGGCGACUGUUACUGUUCAGAGCCCAGACUCUCUGAGACCUGCAACCGUCACCAACCACUCAAUUUCUCCUGUCUCAGCACCACUAAAGGACUUCUGCCUGGACAAGGUGACACAGACCGACGAUCACAUUUAACACAACCAAUACUACCGGAUUACAAAGAGGAACAAGAGAGAGAAUGCAGCCAAAUGUCACCAGUUUCUGAGGAGAGACAGCGUGACGGGGCGGAUAAACAGAGUGCUGCCGCCAAGAAGAAGACACGCACUGUUUUCUCCCGGAGUCAGGUGUACCAGCUCGAAUCCACUUUCGAUAUGAAACGCUAUCUGAGCAGCUCCGAACGGGCUUGUCUUGCGUCCAGUCUUCAGCUUACGGAAACUCAAGUGAAAACGUGGUUUCAGAACAGGAGGAACAAAUGGAAGCGUCAGCUCUCAGCAGAACUCGAGGCAGCAAACAUGGCGCACGCGUCGGCACAGACACUAGUGGGAAUGCCGCUUGUUUUUAGAGAUAAUUCGUUACUUAGGGUUCCGGUUCCAAGGUCUAUUGCUUUUCCAACGCCGUUAUACUACCCGGGAAGCAGUCUGCCGGGUCUACCGCUAUACAAUCUUUACAACAAAAUUGACUACUGA